AGUCGGUUGCCUAGGUUACCCCUCCGCUGAUGCCCGGAACUUUCCUCUCUAACGGCUUCUCCCUUCGCCAAUUCCUCCUCGACAGGUGAACUUACUUCGGCGCCCUGGCCUCCUUCGCCUCAGCUCCUCCCUGAGGCGCGAAGAGAGGUGGUUGGCGCAGCAGCUUGUGCGGGGCCGGAGCGGCGUUACUGGCUGUCUGCCCCCUCAGCCCUCGAGUACACAUUGAUGGAUCUUCAGUUAUUUUAAUAAAGUCUUUUGUGGCUGUCCAGUAGUGUUGAAUCAGGAAAAUAGAAUUGGAUCAUUGUCUGAAUGUGUUUGAUCAUUCUAGUGACUUGGGAAGUUGAACUUUGUUGCUAACUAUGGCUCAUCGGUUUUCAAUGAAAGAUAUAGAUGAAAAGUUUGAGCAGUUUUUAAAAGAGUCUCUUUCAGAUGAUUCACUUGGAAAUGAACAAAAUCAAAAUGUUACUAUUCCUGAAUCAGUUGAGCAGUCUAAAAAUAAAAAGCAUCCUGUGCCAUGGUGGAUAACAGAAGAUGAUUCAGAUGAUGUUCCCAAAAAGAGCAAGUUUAUCAAAAGUGUAUCAAAAGGGAAUGAAAAGAAACUUAUUGGGAGAAAAGAUGCAGUGGCUGAAAAUUAUGAAAAGAGGAUAUCAUUUUCAGAUAAUGAGCCUGGUAUACCUGACACCAGCAAUAACUUUCUGAAAUCACGGAAGCUUUCUCCUUCUAUUGAGGAAGUAGAUGAAGAUUUUGGAGAAGACCUUCAGCUCCCGCAGCUUCAUGGUGUUUCUGUCUCUUUAAGCAAAGAUAGUUUGGAAUCAAAUGAUUCAGUUGUGGCUUUGGGACCUAGUGAGAAUAUUUUGGGAGAUGGAUUGGAUACUUUGGAAGAAGAAGAGGAAAAGGAGAAGUUUUUUGCUGACCUUGAAAAAGGAGCAUCCUCCACCAUAGACUACUCAAAAUUAAAUCAGGAAUUAGAUUCUAAUAAUUCUGAAAUCCUGCACACAUUUUUACGCAACCAGUCUCAAGCGAAACAGACAAAAGGAGAAGAUGACAGUGAAUGUAUGAGUCAUGAAAAAUCUGGUGAUUAUAGUGAGGAUUUUGAGGAAAAUUCAGAGUGUAAUGAAGACAACAAAGCUGAACAGGUGGUCACGUCUGAAGCUACUGAGGAAAGAACAGGCAUGCUGGCUAAAGUUCUUCUGGAUUCUCAGGAGUCAGUUUUAGAAACUCCAAAAACCAAUGAACAGCAAGAUGCAGCUGUGGUAGAGCAACAUACAGCUCAAGAAAUUACUGUAGAAGAAAUGACUGGAACAGGUAUUUCCAGUGGGCAAACCAACAGUGACAUUGAAGCUUUGCAUCAAGCUUACCGUCAUGUUGAACAGUCUUUAGGAGCUACAGAUGAACAGAACGUUCAUGAUGAAAAAAUUGAAGUCGAAGUUUGCUUAGUCAAUGACACUUCACAAAAUAAAGAAAGCUGCCCUCAAAAUACUUCCAUUACUAAUUCUGAUUUGCCCACCAUAGAAGAACUGAUGAAACCUAUCAGAGCAGAUUCAUCUUUUGUCAGGGGAUUUGAACUGGAGCCUGUUAGUCCUGUGAAAGUCACACAAGAUCACCCGGAUGGAUUAAUGAAGACACCUAAAGAACAUCCUAAUGAUACUUCAGUGGAAUCUCAAAACAUUGGCUGUCUUUUAAACCACCACGGCGAACAAGAAGAUACUUCUGUUUUAGAAGUUGCAAAUGAAAGUAGUAAAGAUAGUCCUCAUCUGAAAGUUAUCAAGAAGAAAUUGGCUGAUAAAAUUAAACAUGAUGCUAUGAAAUUAAGCACUCUGUCAGAUUGUUCAACACUGUAUCAGGAGAGGAAAUCUGGACAGAUGCAUCAACCCAACACUUGGAAUAAAGAGAAUCCAAAUUUAGUACCAAAUAAACAAGUAAUGUAUAAGAAUAGUAAAAACACAAUGAUUAUUCAUAGAAAGAAACAUUUGGGUGGAUCACAUAGUUCUAUUAGAAGCUCUGGAUAUGGAAAACCCAAUUCUUCAUUAAAGCACCUCCCUACAGUUAAUGAGAAGACGUUGAAGGAAAGCAACAAAAAUCCACUUCUGAAAGUCAAAUCUCCACCAAGACAGAAAGGCACAUCAGUGACUAAAGUAAUUCAGACAAAACCCCCUUCACUCUCAUCCAAAAGAAAUGAUUCUAUUAACCCUGGACAACCAUCUUCAGGUGAAUUUCCACCAGAUCCUAAAGAAAAUGACAUCCAGCAUCACAAGAUAAGUGAUACAACCACUGCUCUUCAACAGGCAGCCCCAAUUUCCUCAUUUCAUAAUGAAAGAGAGCUUUAUUUACUAAAAAGAGUGCAGGAAGCAGAGGAAGAAUUGACUGCAGCCAAUACUUUGAUUGAGCGUCUGAAAGCCACCUCUCUGCAAACAGAGAAGGAAAUGGAGGCAAAAAUUCUGGAAAGGAAAGUGCAGCAAGAUAAAGAACUUUCCCAGUUAAGCCAAGAAAAUUAUGUUCUUCAAACACAGCUAAAUAAUAUAAAAGACCUUAAAAAAGGAACAAUGUGGUCAACUAUUCGGGAGAAAAAUCUUAACGAUGAAGAAAUGUUGAAAGAAAUCCAAAAAGAAAUCCAGAAUCAAGAGAUUCUUCUCCAAGGAUACCACCAGGAGAAUGAAAGAUUAUAUAAGCAAGUUAAGGAGCUUCAGCUAAAUAACAAGAAAAAUGAGGAAAUUAUGUUUAAAGAGAAUCAACGUUUGAUGACUCAAUUAGCAGCUUUACAGGAGAAGCUAGAAAAAAAUAAUGUUUUAUCACAUGGAGUGCAGAAUGAUAAACCAUCUGAGAAUCAGAAUUUCACAGACUUGAUUUCAGAACUUCGAACAGCCAAGGCUACAGAGGCCAAUUUGCUUGAAGAGAGAAAGCAUCUAAAGCAAGAUAAACAAUCCCUUGAAGUUGAUUUGGCUCAAAUGAAGAAAGAACGAGAUUUGGCAAGAGCUCAGAUUGUUUCUGCCUCAGGUGAGAAAUCAUAUGAAAUGAAAAUUAUGGAAGAGUCCUAUAAAGGUGAAAUUAAUCGCUUGCAAAAAAGACUCCAGUGGUAUGCAGAAAAUCAGGAGCUCUUGGAUAAAGAUGCAGCUCGCCUGAGAGGAGCAAAAGAAGAAAUCAGUAAGCUGAAAGUAGAGGUUGAAAAACUUAGAAGUGAAGCUGGGCAUCACUCUGCCCAGCAAAGGACACGGCUAAAAAAUAGGGCAGCAGAUGCCAAACGGAUUCAAGACCUUGAGCGGCAGGUUAAGGAAAUGGAAGGGAUUCUGAAGAGAAGAUAUCCUAAUUCUUUGCCAGCUUUGAUAUAUGCUGCUGCUACAGCAGCUUCUGAGGGAGACGGCGAUGCUACACCAAAAAGUAAUACAGUGGAAUUUCUUGAAAAAAGAGUUAAGAAGUUAGAAACAGAACUGGAGGGUAAAGAUGACGAAGCCAAAAAAAGUCUCCGUGCCAUGGAACAACAGUUUCAAAAAAUAAAGCUUCAAUAUGAGAAAAGAAUUGAGGAACUUGAACAACUUUUGGCAUAUAAACUGCUGAAUGAGCCUCAGAAGCUUCAAGACAAGUCAUCCAGCUUUGAUCAGGAACUGUGUAAGGUCAAUGAAGCCCACCAAGAGACUGUUCAGAAUCUCCAGGCUGAAAUCAAUUCCCUCCGAAGCCAUGUAGCCCAGCUAGAAAGUCAGAGGAAUCCACGAGAUGACGUUGCAGAUCUGCAGUCACUAGAACAUCAGGUGGAACAAGCGCGUGCAAAAGCCCAGUUGGUUCGGCUCAAUCAGGAAAUGAUUGCCAAAAACAGGGAGAUAAAAGAUCUCACCAAAACUGUUGAAAGGCUUCAAAAAGAGAGGAGGAGGAUGCUGUCCAGUGCAAAUUCUGGAAGAAGGCUUGAUAAAAAAGGAAUGCUGGAAAAAGACCCUGUGAGUCCUGAGAAAAAGGUCCCCAGGAAUGCAGGUUUUUUCCCUGAUCAUCUCAAAGAUAAGAUAUACCAGCCCGAUGUCUUUGCUGACGCUCACAUUUCAGAAGUCCAACAAGAAAAUGCCCACCUGAAAGAAGAAUUGGAAAAACUGAAACUGGAACUAAACGAAGAAAGGGUAACAUCUCAAGCAGCUCUGGCAAAUGCUGAAGAUCUUAUGAGAAGGGCAAAAGAAGAGUUACAAGGUCAUAUUGCUACUCUUAAAGUAUCACAUCAGAAAGAGCUGGAGAGAAUUCUUUGUCAGCAAGCAAGAGAAUAUUCUAUUUCCAAAGCAGCAGAACUGAACAGCAAGAUUUCAUCUCAAGAGAACCUUAUUAAGUACCUUCAGCAGCAAGUUCAUGAACUGCAAAAGGAGGAGGGAGCCCUUGCAGUUUCACAAAGGAGGGAAGCCAUUCUUCAGAAGGAGAUGGGAAAGUUGUUAGAAGAGCUCAAAGUAGCUAGAGAGAAUCAGAGUCCUGAGCUGAAACGCUUUUCGUGUCUGGAACGAAAAAUAAGACAAUUGGAAACCAGUUAUGAACAGAGAGAGCAAGAACUGCAGCAGGUAAUACAACAAACAAGAUAUAAUGCAGAAGUCAAACAUCUUCAGGAAACAGAGAAAUGGAGGAAACUUGCUCUGUUGAAGAAUCAAGAACUGGAAAAAUUUCGCGUUGAACUAGAUUCAAUGUUAGACGUUCUACGGCAAUUGCAGAAACAAGGUGUUGUUAUAACACCAGGUAGCUCAAAUAUGCCAGAAAAUUAUUGGAAGAUUUAAACAUCUGAGUUAAUCAGAGACUAAGAGCUCUAAUAAAAAUAGAAAUAUGCUGAAAUUCCGUAAAGGUACACUGGUUAGUGUUUUUGACUCGGUCCAGAUUUCUGCUGUAAAAAUGGAGUUGAAUCUAGAAUUUAAAUCUGAUUUUUUUUAAUCCUUUAAAAAAUUUCAUAUUUUAAAAUAAAUAUAUAUUUA